AUGCUGAACAUCUUGCAUAAGGCUGGCACGGGCGUCAGGGAGCUACAUAUGCACUGGAUCUACGAUGUUGGUACAAUAGUUCCUGGCGACCAGCCGGUUGUUAGGAGCAAGACUUUGGACAAAUGGGUUGGUAAAUUGGAACGUGUGAAGGUUACAGUAAGAAGUGAGCCUAGUAAAACUUUUGCUGGGAGGAUGGCGACAGAUUUGGUGGAACGGACUGCGAAGAGGCUUGUUAGUGAGAAAGGCAAGGGCGAGACAAGUAUGAGAUGGAAGGAGAAGGAUAUAGAAGACGACGAAGGAUUCAAGAAAGACGAAUACAAGAUGCAAACAAGGUAUGUUGUAGUGGAAAGCCGCACUGGGUGA